AUGACGGGGCCAGCGGGGCGGCGUCCAAGAAGUCCAAGUCCAGUAGCACCGCCGCGGCCACGCCGGGGGACGUUGGACAUGCACUUCGUGCCGUGCGCGGACGUUAAGGGCCUCCGCUUCGGCGCGCAGCUCAUCAUGCGGGCACGCACCGUGCGCCGCACUACGCUGCUGGAGCUCCCACACCUCCUCCAUGCCACGCCCUCCCCCACCCCCUCCCCCACUGGCGCCGGUAACGCCACCACGGACGCGCUAUCAUUAGCGCCGACGACGACGGCCUACAUCCCGACCAACUUUGCCAUCCUGUCGCACCAUGCGUGGCACACACUCACCUUGGGCCUGGGCACCAAGAACUCCAAGGCCGCCGUGUUCGUCUUUGAGUCCGCUGACAUGAAGGCCACUGUGGACGCCGCUUGGCUGGGCGUCGUCCCGCUCGGCGACGUCGGCCGCCGCCUCAUCCGCACAGCCCCAGGAAACCCCGAGAUGGCGCGCUUUAAGUUCUGCAAGGGCACAUCCCAUGCACUCACCUCCCAGCUACUAACGAUGAGCUCCCCACAUAGUAGCUCCCCAUCCGCAGCUGCAGGCUCCUACUGCACUGACGCCGACGCCGCACGCAGUGCUGAGUUCGAGCUACCACUGGAACAGGAAAUGAAAGCAUGUCGUCGUUGUACAGGAAGGUAA